AUGACGCAAACCACACCAGGCAGAGCCUUCUCGAGCAGUGCGAUCGGAAAUUCUCCAAACCUAAACACAACCUCUCUAAACACUCCAGCAACUCCGAACAGUACCAAUAAUACUCCAAGAACACCCAGAAGCAAUUCAAUUACAGGUGCUAAUAAUAACUCAAUCACUUCACCUCCGAUUAUUGAAACAAUAAUUAAAACUCAAAUACCAUUAUCGAUCCGAGAAUUGGAUGAAGAAAUUAUUUUACAGAAAUUAUUUUGUUUGUGUUGCAUGAGUGGAUCAAAUGGAAGAAGAGCAAGUGAUUUAUUAAGUAGGACUCCUGUUAAUAAUAACGUGCCGAUCUUUGAUGAUCAAACAGAUCAAAAAUUGAGUAUUGGGGUGUCUCAAAACGAUCAAACUUUUAUUAAUUUGCUAACUGCUCUCAAUAAUAUUAACCCAAAAUUUGUAAAUAGACAAGACUACCUAGGAAGAACUCUUUUAAUGAAUGCGAUUAUCAACGAACACUUUUCCUACAUUACAACGCUUUUAAGCUUUAAAUCUGUGGAUGUGACAAUUAAAACCUUUAAUACGCAGAAAACCGCAUACAUGUUUGCUGCUGAGAAAGGUUUUACUGAUCAGGCCUUAAAAAUUUUGAAGUACUCGGACGUCAAUGAUUGUGAUGCGAGCGGAAAGACAUUACUGAUGUACUCUAUUGAAUAUUACUCCCUAGUUCAUGAGCUUAUCAAAAGAAAAGCAAAUUUAAGCGCAAAGGAUAGUCAAGGCCGAACGUGCUUGAUGUUUGCCUUAUCUAAAAUGGAUAAAUCGAAAAACCCAUUCUACCAACAGUCUCUACAUCAAGUAAUAGAUAUUUUGAUUAGCAAUGCUACAGACCUCAGUGAAACGGAUAAUGAGGGCAGAGACUUGAAAGAAUAUAUCUCCAAAACAGAAAAUAAGGAUAUCAUUCAAAAAUUCAAUUCCAAGCUUGUUGAGUUAAAAAAGGCUCAAAACUAA